UCACUCGUGUGUAUGCGAGAUGGCGGCUCCAGGAGCUUCUCGGGCUCAGAGCAGCGGCGCUGGGGACGACGAGGCUUUCCAGACGUUUUAUUCAGAGGUGAAGCAGAUAGAAAAGAGAGACUCAGUAUUGACCUCCAAACAGCAGAUAGAUAGGUUGCUUCGGCCUGGCUCGUCAUAUUUCAAUCUUAACCCGUUUGAGGUGCUACAGAUUGACCCUGAUGCAACAGAUGAAGAAUUAAAGAAAAGGUUUCGACAGUUGUCCAUCUUGGUCCAUCCAGACAAAAAUCAGGAUGAUCCAGACAGAGCACAGCAGGCUUUUGAAGCGGUUGAUAAGGCAUAUAAACUUCUUCUGGAUACUGAGCAGAAGAAGAGAAUCAUUGACGUGGUCCAUGCAGGAAAAGAAUACGUGGAACAUAUGAUGAGUCAGAAGAAGAAACAGUUGAAGAAGGACGGGAAGCCCACAAUUAUAGAGGAGGACGAUCCAGAAGUGUUCAGGCAAGCUGUAUACAAACAAACUAUGAAGCUUUUUGCUGAGCUGGAGAUUAAGAGGAAGGAGCGAGAAGCCAAGGAGAUGCAUGAAAGGAAAAGACAGAGAGAAGAGGAGAUUGAAACGCAAGAGAAAGCCAAACGAGAGAGAGAGUGGCAGAAGAACUUUGAGGAAACGAGGGAUGGACGUGUGGACAGCUGGAGGAACUUCCAGGCCAAAGGCAAGACCAAGAAAGAAAAAAAGAACAGGACGUUCCUCAAGCCUCCAAAGGUCAAAAUGGAGCAGAGAGAGUGACUGAUGUGAAGAAAAUUGAGAGAAGGAAGGCCAGACCCUCUAAAGCCACCCACCCUGACCUUCCCGUCUCAUUCUUCCCCUCCAGGCCUGUUUAGUUUGCUAUUAAAGGAAUGGUUCACUGAAAAAAUCUAAUCUAGUUUUCCCUGGUACCCAAAAUGAAGUCAAUCAACCAAGACAAAAGUGGAUUUUAUUCCCAGUGAACCAUUCUUUUAAGUAUAGUAGGCCUGCAGUUCAGGAAUACGAAUCACUCAGCAGGUGGCGCUAUGGAGCAAUGUUUUUUCUCCCUCUCCUUUUUUCAUAUGCCAGAAGAGAAGGGUAGUACAACUGGUCUAGAGCAUUGGGCACUGUUUGACAUUGUUCAUCACAGUAAAUUAACCCACAUAGCAGCUGUCACCUCAACAAACAGGCCUGUAAUGUGUCUAGGGUUUUUUUGUUAAUGUACAUAUUUGUGAAAAAUUGUGAAAGACUUUGACAUACAUUGUGCACAUUAGAAAGCUAGUAAAAAUGAUUCCUUUCUUCCUUUUUUUUGGUUAACAUUUGAAAGUUGGCUUCUUUUUGUCUUUUUUUUCCAGUUUUUACCCUAUUCACCCAAAGUUGUUUGUAGCUUACAUUAGAAUUAAAGGUUGUUUUUAUGUAUA